CUUUUGCAGCAAGCCACUAUGGGACCCUACGACCUGCUUAUUUCGGGAGCUUUGCUGUUGUCAGCUCACAUACAGAACGUUUUUGCUUAUGACAAUUCACGUUUCGAUAACGUUGCUGUCUACUGGGGUCAGAACUCGUACGGUGCUACACACUCUGAUACGGCUAAUUAUCAGAAGAACCUAGCAUACUAUUGUCAAGAUGAUGCUAUUGAUGUCAUUCCAGUGGCCUUUCUUAAUGUGUUUUUCGGACCUGGGGGCCUUCCAUCUAUGAAUUUGGCCAACACGUGCAAUCCUACCGAUAACACCACUUUCUCAGGCUCUUCUCUGCCUAACUGCUCCGCAUUGGCAUCUGACAUUGAAUUUUGCCAGUCAAAGGGGAAGAUCGUGACUCUGAGUUUGGGAGGUGCUGGUGGAGGCGUUGGGUUUACAGAUGACACUCAAGGUCAGAGCUUUGCAGACACUAUAUGGAACCUUUUCCUCGGUGGCAGCAGCUCUACCCGACCUUUCGGCAGCGCUGUUCUUGAUGGGGUCGACUUGGACAUCGAGGGCGGGACCUCUACGGGUUAUGCCGCGUUCGUAAAUAGAAUACGCUCGCAUGCUACCGGCGCUAGUAAACAAUACUAUAUCUCGGCAGCCCCACAAUGCGAGUAUCCUGACGCAUCAUUGGGUGCAACUUUAGACGCUGCUAGCUUUGAUGCUGUCUAUGUACAAUUUUACAACAAUCCGUGUGGUCUCCAAAAUUUCAAUACUAGUUCAGACUGGGACUUUGGACUCUGGGACUACUGGGCAAGGAAUAUUAGUCCCAACCCAGAUGUCAAGAUUUUCAUCGGUGCUCCAGCAUCGAGCACAGCGGCAGGAGGAGGAUAUCAGGAUAUCAACACGCUCAGCAACAUUGCAACUCAAAUGCGCAAGAGUUUCCCGUCCUUUGGUGGAGUGAUGCUUUGGGACGCCUCACAAGCAUACGUCAACAAUCGAUAUGAUCUCGCAAUCAAGAAUACGCUGACUGCCGCUGGUGGAACUGGGUUCUCGUUCCCUACUUGCUCGGCGCCUGCGUGGAGUUCUGGAAAUACAUAUACUGAGGGUUCUCAGGUGUCCUACGGCGGCUAUAUAUGGGAGGCGAAAUGGUGGUCUGCCUCUCAGCCCUCUAGCAACACGAACAGCGACUGGAGCGCAAUUAGUGCCUGCUCGCAAGGGGGAUCCUCCAGUACUUCUGCACCGACAACUUCUCAGUCUUCUACUUCUAAGCCACCCACUACCACUACGUCACCCCCCGUCACCAGCUCCACCAGCAGUGCACCGUCAUCUACACCCACGUCUGGUGGUAACUGUGCCGGAAUUGCUGCUUGGAUAAGCUCCGUUGCGUACACUGGCGGGCAGCAGGUAAUUUACAGCGGCCAUCUGUGGACAGCCAAAUGGUGGACAGAAAACGACACGCCCGGUGGCUCUGCGGGAGUUUGGACCGAUGAUGGCGAGUGUUCCGUCUCAGUGGCCGCAUCUGUCACCAAGAACUCGACCGACCCUCCCUCAAUUUUGAAAGCUGGAAAUAUUACGUGGACGGAGACCACAGGUUCUACGUCCCACCUGUCUCGCCCGGCCAAACCGGACUCCGAGCGAGACAUCCAAGUCUAGACUUGUUAUCCUCGGCCCUGACUCCGUUAUGUGCACGGCAUCAAGUGCUUUUUGGAAUUGCAGUCACCUGUCUUGAUUAUUCGCUCACCUCGAGCGCUGAGUGGCGGUUUGAUCACAUCUAAUUUUACGAUUAUGUAUUUGAGGAAUUUAUGGCUGUGUGCUCAC